AUGGCCUCCGCGCUCGCGACCGCGAGUCGUUUCGCGACGAUCGCGACGCGCGCCGCCGCGUCCGAGUCGAGCGUCCCGGGCCCGCGACGGUCGGCGUCGCGCGUCGCGCGGACGCGGCGGGAUCUCCUCGCCGCCGCGCUCGUCGUCGCGCCGUUCGCGUCUUCGUCGUCGUCUUCGUCCGCGUCGUCCGCGUCUUCGUCCGCGUCCGAGUCCGCUCCCGACCUCGCGCGCGCGAUCGCGUCGCUUCAGCGCGAGGCGGCGGACGCGUACGACGCUCGCGACUUCGAGCGCGCGUCCGACGCGCUCUCCUCGCUGAUGGCGCUCGAGCCGUCCAACGAGAUCUGGCUCGAGGGAAGAGCGCAGGUGUACGUCGACGCGAGCCGCUUCCGAGACGCGAUCGACGACUACACGUCGCUCCUCGCGCGGGCUGGCGCUGGACCGACCGCGGAGAACGCGGGCGCGCGCGCGCGGUACUUGGCGAACCGAGCGCUCGCGCACGAGGGCGAGAAGAGUUGGCAGCGCGCGCUCGAAGACGACGACGCGGCGCUCGCGCUUGCGUCCGACGGCGGGUUCCUCCCGGACCCGUACGUCUUGAACUCGCGCGGGAGCGUCAAGUCGCAGCUCGGGGAUUACGCCGGCGCGCGCGACGACUUCCUCGAGUCGUACGACCUCUUUCAGCAGUCGAAAGGGUUUCGCAGCGCGAGCGGCGUGCGGUCGACGCCGCGGUUGGACGGCGCCGUGUACGCGGCUUCCAACGCCGCGCUCGCGCUCGCGCAGCUCGGGACGGACGACGCGCGCGCGACGAGGGAGCUGCGCGACGUCGCGAGACGCGCGCCGAACGUCGCGGACGCGCGCGCGGCGCUCGCGGCGGUGCUCUACGCGGGCGGAGAGACCGCCGCGGCGGAGGACGCGUGGACGAGCGCGUGCGCCACGAACGUCGGAUGUAAGAAUUAUAGAGACGCGGCGUACGUCCGCGACGUGCGUCGGUGGCCGCCGCGGAUGCGCGCGAUGCUCGAGGAUUUUCUCCUCGUUCGAUGA